AUGUCUCAGGACAGGAUCGUCAUUGUGAGAGCUGACAGUGAUCUAAGUGCAAGGCACCCCUCUGGACACAGUCCCAAAGGCCCCAUCCAUCACCAUCACAGUCCCCAUCCCAUCACAUCACAGUCCCUCCAUUCCAUCACCAUCACAGUCCCUCCAUCCACACCAUCACAGUCCCUCCAUCCCAACACCAUCACAGUCCCUCCACUCAACACCAUCACAGUCCCUCCAUCCAUCACCAUCACAGUCCCUCCAUCCAACACCAUCACAGAGCCCCAUCCCAUUGCCAUCACAGUCCCUCCAUCCCAACACCAUCACAGCCCUCCAUCAUCAUCCAUCACAUCCCUCCAUCCCAUCACCAUCACAGUCCCUCCUCCAUCACAUCACAGUCCUCCAUCCCAUCACCAUCACAGUCCCUCCAUCCCAACACCAUCACAGUCCCUCCAUCUCAACACCAUCACGUCCCUCAUCCCAUCACCAUCACAGUCCCUCCAUCCCAACACCAUCCAGAGCCUCCACCAUUGCCAUCACAGUCCCUCCAUCCCAACACCAUCACAGUCCUCCAUCCCAUCACCAUCACAGAGCCUCCAUCCCAACACAUCACAGUCCUCCAUCUCAACACCAUCACAGUCCCUCCAUCCAACACCAUCACAGUCCUCCAUCCCAACACCAUCACAGUCCCUCCAUCCCAACACCAUCACAGUCCCUCCAUCUAAACACCAUCACAGUCCCUCCAUCCCAUCACCAUCCACCAAGUCCCCUCCAUCCCAUCACCUCACAGUCCCUCCACCCAUCACCUCACACCCUCAAUCCCAUCACUAUCACAGUCCCUCCAUCCCAUCACCAUCACCAGUCCCUCAUCCCAACACCAUCACAGUCCCUCCAUCCCACACCAUCACCAGUCCCUCCAUCUCAACACCACCACAGUCCUCAUCCCAUUACCAUCACAGCCUCCAUCCCAUCACCAUCACAGUCCCUCCAUUCCAACACCAUCAGCAUCCCUCCAUCCCAUCACCAUCACAGUCCCUCCAUCCCAUCACCAUCACAGUCCCUCCACAUCCAUCCACCAUCACCAGUCCCUCACAUCCCAUCACCAUCACAGUCCUCCAUCCCACACCAUCACAGUCCCUCCAUCCCACACCAUCACAGAGCCUCAUCCACACCAUCAUCAGCCUCCACUCAACACCAUCACAGUCCCUCCAUCCAAUCCAUCACACCCUCCAUCACAACACCAUCACAGAUGCUCCAUCCCAUCACCAUCACAGAUCCCCCCAUCCCAUCACCAUCACAGACUCCAUCCAACACAUCAAAGCCUCCAUCUCCAUCACCAUCACAGACUCCAUCCAACACCAUCACAGUCCCUCCAUCCCAUCACCAUCACAGACUCUCCAUCCACACCAUCACAGAGCCUCCAUCCCAUCACCAUCACAGUCCUCCAUCUCUCCAUCACCAUCCCACAGUCCCUCAUCCCUAUCACCAUCACAGUCCCUCCAUCCCAUCACCAUCACAGUCCCUCCACCCAACACCAUCACAGUCCUCCAUCCCAACACCAUCCACAGUCCCUCCAUCUCAACACCACCACAGUCCCUCCAUCCCAUACCAUCACAAGCCUCCAUCCCAAUCACCAUCACAUCCCUCCAUUCCAACACCACAGUCCCUCCAUCCCAUCACCAUCACAUGUCCUCCAUCCCAUCCCAACCAUCACAGAUCCCUCCCUCACAGCCAUCACCAUCACAAGUCCCCCAUCGCCCCUCACCAUCCACCCACACAGUCCUCCAUCCCAACACCAUCACAGUCCCUCCAUCCCACACCAUCACAGAGCCCUCCAUCCCACACCCAUCACAGAGCCUCCAUCUCCAACACACCACAAGGAGGCGGACCCCUAUGCAUCUUAACCAGGAGAGUCCCAGUACAGGCAGUCCUGUACACCGGAGGAAGCUGGUGGGAGGAGCUAUAGGAGGUUCUAAACCUGGAGAGUCCCAGUCCUGUACACAUAGUGGCCCUGAAGACCGACUGGCCUGA